UGUAACAAUUAUACUAACUUCUUCCCAAUAGGCGGAAUUCGAAUUUGUGUCAACGGGUGAAAAUAAGCAUAAUUAGUUGCUACAUUCAAUACAAAAACUGUUAUAUUACAUGUUUAAACUUUAAAACAUUAUGAAAGGAGAAAAAUAGAAGCAAGCAAAACCAAAACGGGAAGCUACCAGAAUGAAUCAAUUAUUAAGAAUGGGACAAGAGGGCAAUAUUAAAUCAUUGGGUUUUCUGAUUACUAAAUUUUAACAUAAACAAACUCAAGAAUGGUAAUUUUUAAACUUAGUAAGACAAAAUAAGGUUCAAGCAAACAAUAUAAUGCAUCAACAAAGCUAUAUUAUCAUGAACAAAUAUAUACUGGCGCACACAGGUCCUACCAUGAAUUCACUGCCUAUGGGUGUAUUUGCUUAAAGCAAUCAUGACAAACAAGCAGAGUAUCAUUAAUUAAAACUUAUACCAGCAAAUCUUGCUAGGAGAUAAUGGAACAGUACAGUGAAGAGAGUUUGAUUCAAAACAAAGCACCAUUAACUGGGAAGUUUGGUAUCCCAGAUUGGAGCACAGUUCACAGUGAUUCAGGUGGAUUGGGUAAAAAGCCAUCAAAUAUUGAAGAAUGGAAAAGAUUCAUGUUCAAUAAGGAACAGAUUGCAGAAUUCCAUAGGAAUGGGUAUAUAGCAAAUAUAAAAGUUCUCAAUGAAACACAAUGUGAUAAACUCCUGGAAGAAUACCAGAAAGUUAUGAAACUUGAAGAAGAUAGUGCGGAGAGAGCAUUAUUUUAUGAAUAUCACAGCAAUCAGUCUAAAGAUCCAAACAAUGUACUGAUGCACGCAUUAGGUCAUUGGAGAGUGUCUCAAUAUUUCCAUGAUCUUGUGUUUUGUCCAGCAAUGACAGUACCCACAGCACAAUUGCUUUCAAACAUUGAUGAAGAGUUUUGCAAAGUUAGAUUUUGGCACGAUCAACUGUUUGCAAAGCCUGCAAAGUAUGGAGGAGUCGUGGCAUGGCAUCAGGAUUACAGUUACUGGACAAAAACACAGCCAAUGCGGCAUAUGACGGUUCACAUUGCCUUGGAAGACCAAACAUUGGAGAAUGGUUGCAUUCAGUAUGUUCCAGGUUCACACAAUUGGACAAGAGAUGGAAAACCACUCCCAGUGACAGAUUUCAACUUCGGUGAUAUGGAAUCCAUACAGGUAUUACAGCUCAACCAAACGAAUCUUACAGCAAACUGGAUGCAUGAAAUGUUGUUGCCAACAUAAAGAUAAAUUGUGGUUGUUGUGAAUUCGAAAGAUAUAUUAUAUCUUAUAUUAAACUUGAAUCAGAUUGACAUAGAGUUUGUGAGUUUAACAUGUAUCUGGCACCGCAGAAAUUGUCAACUCUGAUAUUUUUAUUGUUAUCAAGUGCAAUGGUCCACAAACUGAAUUCUAGUCCAUGGUCUGCAAAUAACACCUCAAUCAUUUACAAUUAAGACAAUACUAACAGAUGAGGAAAAAGGAGCAUUCCAACCACAGCCAUGUAUUCUGAAGAAAGGUGAAGCUAGUUUUCAUCAUCCAUUGGCAGUCCAUGGAUCAUAUCAAAACAGGUAUUGGAAGUUGGAACUAUUAUGACUUUUAAUCGAAUAUUUAAGGCUUUAUACUGGUAACAAAAUUCAUUCGAAAAUCAAACACAGCAUGUGAACUGAAAUCCAAAUCAGUACAUUAGAAUCGAUACAAGUGAGAUGUAUUUUUUGAAUUUAUAGUUAGGUAGAUUUGAAAUAUCAGGUUAAGAUGAAACAAUAGAUACAAUUUCAAUCAAAGGAUGUUAGUGAAUAGGAAUGCCCUUUUUCAAAAAAUUAAAUUGGAAAACAUUAAUAUACUCGCUUAAAAUAUGUCAAGAAUUCAAAUUCCUUAAUUAUGGCUAUGUCCUUCAUUUGAGAAAGGCAACACCAGUAUCCAUGAGGUAAUUGCGCCCCAUUUUUGUAAAUAGAGAAAUUGAGUUUCUUGUGAAAGGGAGAAGAGAACAAAAGUUGGCAUGUAUGUGAAAUAUGAGAUAAAAACUUCUGUGUGGUUACUUUCUUCAUUAUUGAUAGAUAUUUUACAUACUGCAUUACAAUUUCUUCAUUCAUGCAGAUCUGAUUUGCCGAGAAGAGCAGCAGUAUUGAACUACUUUGCAGAUGGGGUGAAGUCAAAUACUAAUGAAUUAGCACUAUUGGGAACGUAUAAAAUAGCGAAAGGAAAACAAAUGGGAGGACAAUUUUUUCCUGUUGUAUUUCAUCCACAAUGUAUGGAAGAAUAAUUUGUAAUAAUAAUUCAUAAUUUAUCCAUAUUAAAUUAACAUAUAUCUAUAAACAAUAAUUUAUGAAAACUUUGUGAUGUCCGCAUUCUUUUCCAAAAAUAUUUAUUUACUUUAAAUAUGAGAGUUGAAACAAAUAAAAUAUAAGAUGUACAUGAAAUUUAGUCGAACUUUGACUGACAAAAUACUUUUUCAAGUAAAAAAGAUACCGGCAGACUGUCAUCAAUUAGACUUAGCAUUAAGCAAAGUUGAAAGUCUUCUGAAGUCAACAGUUUAUUGAUAACUUUGAUGGAUACAGGUUGACAUAUGGGGGAAAUAAUUCAAAGCAACAUCACAGGAAAAAAGCUAGCAUACACACUACGAAUACCCUUUAAAAAGAAGGAAACUCUGCAA